AUGGCCUACCGCCUGAUCACGCAGGUGGUCCUCAUCGGCUCGCGCGUGCUAGGCCGCGCCUUCACCGAAGCCUACCGACAGGCCAAUGCAUCGAGCCAGUAUGCCCGCGCGCAAGCCAAAGCCGGCGGUGCUGUCGGCGGCGGAGCCACCGGUCGGGCGAACCUGUCGACGGGCAUGACGCUGGACGAGGCUGUGCAGAUCCUCAACGUGCCGCGGCCACCGCCGGCGAGCGCGGGUGCGCGCGACUACAACAUGGAAGAGGUCAUGGGCCGGUUUCGGCGGCUCUUUGACGCCAACGAUCCGCAAAAGGGCGGCAGCUUCUACCUGCAGAGCAAGGUGCUGCGGGCACGCGAGCGGAUCGAGGCCGAGGUCGGACCACUGCUUGAACAGGCCGCCCAGGAGGCCGAGGUCAAGGCCGGCUUCAAGCCCAAGAUGUACAAGGACCAGUGA